CUCUUUGACUCUCUCUCUCUCUCACUCUCUCUUUUUCGUUCUCAUGAGCGAUCUGUCAAAUGACACUAUCUCUUGUCACUUUGCGACCAGCUGAUUUUCUAUUUACAAUUAGACAGCGCAUUUUCACACGAACAGCGUUCAAUUAGCAGUUUGAUUGCAUUUAAAGAAACAAAUCGGAGUUUAUAUAAUGCUUGGCAGCCUAAGAAAGAAGCUAAGCAAUGCAAUCCAGGAGGGCAUUGUUAUAUCGGAGAGUAUACAGGAACAGUAUCGCCAACGUGUCAGCAACAGUGGCAGCAGUCAGACGAGUGCCGCCACAACGCCCUCGUCGCCGCUGGACUUGAACGAAAGCUUUUUUUCCAGCCGCAGCAGCGCGCAUUCGCUCAGCGGCCAAUUGGCUGAUGGCGUGCCCACACAGCUGAACGUGGCUGCGGGCUGCAAUCUGUUGGCCAAAUACGAGGAUGACUGGCAGCAAAUUCAUGCCGCUAACGAGGCGAACGCUGGACACGCGGCAAGUGUGGCCACACAAAUUACGGGCGUGCUGCAGCGUGCCAGCGAACAGCGUACUACAAUUAAUGGGCUCAACAGUUGUCUGGCGGGCUUGCCCGCAUUAGUUUCCAAGCUUCAACACAGUGCUGAGACGCUUGGAUCUUUGGAGGAGUUAGGCCGGCAGCUGGAAGUCGAGUUGGAAAAGCUGGAGAACUUGUGCGAGGAAUGCGAACUUCAGGAGUUCGUACUGGAGCAGCAGUUUCAGCUGUCCAAGCAUAAGCAAAAGAAGCUAGAUGAACUGGAGCAAUAUAGGCAAAAGAUUGCAGCACAGCAUCAUCAAAAGAUGCACACACACGAACAACAGCUGAGACAGCUGCAAAAGGAGCGCCAGGCGGUAUUCGAUGAUGCAUUCCGAGGGGAUCUGGAAGAGUAUAAGCAGCGCGGACAACUGCCCAAAAUACAAACAAAAGCAAACAAAUUGACUUUAGAAGAAGUCGUUCUGGAGCAAAGCGAUGUGGAGUCUAAGGAUGCCCUUGAGCAAUUUCUUAACGGUUAAUUUUGGCGCACUCUUUGUGCAUCACCAUUUGUGCCUUUUGUGCAAUACAAUAUGAAAUUGUGCCUUUUGUUCAAAAUUAGUCUAUAGAAAAUGCAAUUGUAAAUAUAUUUCACAUUACCAGAUAA